CUCUAGUUACACAUCUAAUGUUUGACCCUCUUUUUUUCUUUAAUUCGUAGCAAUCUUCCCUACGGUGUCCAACCGAUGGCUUACCGUGGCCAAUCUCCGAUGAAUUUUAACCAAUCUUGACAAAUCACGGCCUCCUCCAUUUUGCAAGAGAUUUUUAUGGAUUAUUAUGAAAGUUACAGAACCUCAAAACCACGUGUUCUUGAUGAGAUUUUGGACCAGCAGAUCGAUAAUUGCUGGACAAUUGGUCUCUCCAGACAUCUAACAGGACUAGGAAGAACUCAGGGAAUUCUUCAUGAGAAAGAAUCUUUAUCAAUCCAGUACCUUUUCAAUGGUGUUUGCAAGGACAACCUUUUUCCGAAAGGAGCCAUAGAUAACCUCCUUAGCGCGAAACCAUUUUUGAUUAAUGAAGGCACGGUUCUAGAUAGACUUUGUCCACUAACGUACAAGCUUGGUGCUGCAAAUGAAGCUGUAGAGAUUAAUGCGUCAAGAUUCAAAGUGGAGGAUCUGAUUGUUCAUAGAGUAGAAGAGUAUGAAAAUCUUACAAAGUUUAACGAUGAUUUACUUCGCUGCCUUAGACGUUCGCCUGUGGCUAUUGCUGUUCCAGUUUUUGAGAGCUUUGGAAAUAUUGGAAGUGAGAUUUACGCGCCAAGGAUUGAUGAACUAGAGCAUGUGAACGUUUAUCAUGUUAUGCUUCUCACCGGUCUUGGUAGGAUGAAUGGAGUUCGUUUCUUGGAAGCACAAGAUUCGAAGGGGAAAGAUCGAGGAGUAGAAGGUUACAUUAAGAUAGCUAUGAACAUCCCAUUUGUAUCUCAUUUCGUUGAGAUAAAAGGGUUGCAUUGCACGCCUCCAAAUCCUAAGUUGUUGUUCAAGCCAGUAACUACUCUUGAUACUAUUCUGCACACGAGUUAUGUCGACGCUUGCAGAGCACAUUGUAUAAUGUUAGCCAGCAAGUCAUUCAUAGCUGAUAGUGAGAGAGAUGAAAUAUUGAAAGGGCUUGAUACUGUUCGGCUUCAGAUCACUGAAAGAUCUCUAGAAAUUUAUUCUGAUGUAGAAGAUGUACAAAUGAAUGUCGAAGCAGGCUUGACCAAUGCAAUUGGUGAUCUUGCUAAAAAACUUCAAAGAGGGGUUAGUGUGAAUGACAUGUCUGCAACAGUGAGCAGGAUUUGGUGUCGCAAUGCUAUUUGUUUCAUCAUUAGCACGAUCAAAAACCUGCAGAUCGCAUUGGUUCAGCUGGCUUUGAAGAACAAGACGUUGAUCAUUACUAGUCUUUCUACGAAUCUUCGGAAGGCUUAUUCUGUUUCACUCGCACAUAUCCUCUUAGCCUAUGUAGAGCAGCUUGACCGUGAUUGUACUCGUUAUCUUGAGUGUCAGAUGAGGCUAAAUUUUUGUCCCUUAGGAUCCUGUGAUUUUGCUGGAAGUUAUCUACCUAUUGACAGGUCUGGUGUCGCACAAGCUCUUGAAUUUACCGGGCCUAUGAGAAACAGCAUUGAUGCAGUUACAGAUCGGGAUUUUGUGGUCGACUUGUUACAUUCUACUGCCAGGACAGCUACCCAUCUGUCUGGUCUUGCAGCGACCUGUGUACUGUGGUCUUCAGAGGAGUGUGGCUUCAUAAAUUCGAGCUGUUCCGUUUCAAACGGGUCAUGCAUUAUGCAACAGAGAUACCCGCAUCCAAUGGAGAUAGUUAGACAAAAGGUUGAAAGGGUUAAAGGUUUUCUUUGCAUCGGCUUAAAUACCAAAGAGCUGUCUCCACUUACUUACGAUUACGACUUUCAAGAUGAUAGAAGACUCUUGUUUGAUAGUUUUAGCACUAUAGCCGGAAUGAUAAAACUCUCUGUGGAUUUUCUCCUGCAUGCCUCAUUCAACGAAGAGAGAAUUAAGAAAUGUCUACCAGUUGUACACCUCAGUGAAGCUAUUUUAGUUACUUAUCUUGAGCAAAAGGGGUUCACUCCUCUUGAAUCCAUGGAUUUUGUGGAUAAUAUAGUUAGUUAUUGUGUCUUACAUGGACGUAAGGUUGAGAGUGUAUCUGUUGAAGAUCUGAAACAAAAGUGGCCUAUCUUUGGAGAUCUUGAAAAUCAUAUGAUUGCUGCUACUUCAUUGAACUUAUUUCGUUCUGAAGGCUCCGCUGGAGCAGAUAGUAUAGAUACACAACUCACCAACUGGAUGUUAAAGCUGGGCAUGACUAGUUAAAUCAGGUAUUGCUCAUUGAAAUGGAUAUUUAAACCAUACUCUCUUGAUUUUUUCCGGGGUUGCUGGCUGAAGAGUAAUCUAGCUUCAUUUCUGACUUCUGUAGGCGAAUUCCAUUGGCAGAUUUGGGCUUGAUUUUGGUAAUUUGCUUCUUAGUCUCUGUUUUAUGUUGCCAUGCCAUCUAAAUGCAUUGCUAGCUCUUUGGUCUCUCUUUAUGCCUUCAUUAAAUCUGCACCUAUUGG